AUGCCUGCCACAGACUCUAAACUCACAUCAAUGGAGAAUGCAUUGGAGAAACAGGAGGGGAGCUUGACUAACAUUCCCUCCUCAGUUUCUCCUACUAUCGCCUUUUCUUCAACUCCUCUUGAUCCAAACACUACGAAACCUAAUUUGCCCAGUGAGACAAUGAUUGAGGAAAAAGCUGUCUCCAUGGCAAGUAAUGAUUGUAGCUUGUCUCUUUCUUCCCCUGCUGAAGCUAGCCCAGCCAAGCCUGCUGCAGCAUCACCUACUUUUUUUGGAGUGACUGUUGAAAUAAGUCCACCUACCUCACAUAUAGCAUCAGCAUCAGACUCCCUAAAAUGCACAGAGACAAACAUCGUCAACAUAUCAGAAUCACCACUAUUGUUGUCUGAGUUGCCAUCUACUACAUUUGGCAGUCCAGACCUGGAAAAUGACUUUCCUACUGUGCUGACCUUCAAAGGUGUCAGUGUCACUCUGGAGAAUAACAGUGUGUGGAAACAGUUCUACAGCUGUGGAACUGAGAUGAUUCUUACUAAACCGGGGCGCCGCAUGUUCCCUUACUGCCGAUAUCGCCUGUCUGGCCUAGAUCCUGAUCGUUUGUACAGUCUGGUCCUGUCCAUAGUUCCAUCAGACCAGUACAGGUACCGCUGGAGCACAUCCAAAUGGGAGGUCAAUGGACCAGCAGAACACCAGGCCCAGGGUUUGAUUCGGGCAUUUUCCCACCAUUACUCACCGGCUCGAGGCUCGGACUGGAUGGGUACCUUGGUGUCCUUUUACAAACUCAAACUGACCAAUUUUUCCCAAGACCAUGCUGGUCACAUAAUCCUACACUCCAUGCAUCGCUACAUUCCUAGGCUACAUGUGAUACCUGUCCCGGAUGGUGACAUACUUACACCUGACCAGCCUGUGGUUAUGGGACCAGAGAGCAUGACCUUUACUUUUCCGCAAACUGAAUUCAUGGCUGUGACGACUUAUCAGAACUUUCGGAUCACCCAGCUGAAAAUUAAUCAUAAUCCGUUUGCAAAAGGCUUUAGAGAGGACGGGAACAACUCUCGCCUACAGCGGGUCACUACAGAGGCUCAACCUGUGGUGGAGACAGCCACUCAGCCGUCUAUUUUAAAACCUGCUGAACUCAGUGAAAACAAGGAGAAGGUUGUGGAUCUGAAGUAA